GGUCGUCAUAUAAACACCACCUUCCCCACCAUAUCUCCACACACAUUCAUCAGCAACUUCGUCUGAGCAUCCUCGCCUUGUACACGCGCGGCGCAUUCUUGCUCUAACCUCUAGCGCGAUGGCAGAGCCGACGGCGCCACGACCACUCCUCCGCCGCGUGCUCUCCUUCCGGGAGCCGCUGCUGGUCAUCCCCUACCUGAUCAGCUUCCUCGCCGCCGCCGCUUCCGCCUUCUUUCAUAGCUACGCGUCCUUCCUGCAGUCCUUCGCCAGGUCCCUCGCCGUCGUCCCCUCUCACGCCGGCUGCGCCAAGUGCACGUACGCGUCGUCGUCGUCGGCGUCGUGCUGCGAUAGCAACGUCGUGGACUCCAACGAGGAGGAGGAGGACGAGGAGGUGAGGAAGGAGGAGGUGGAGGCGAUCAUGGCCCGGAUCGGGCUGGGCGUGAGCGGCGCCGGCGAGGGUCUCAAGGCCAGCAUGGGCCACGCCGAGGUGUCCCGGCUGUUCGACGCCGAGGAGCCGAGCUUCGCGGAGGUGCGGCGCGCGUUCGCCGUGUUCGAUGGUGACAAGGACGGGCUCAUCGGCGCGGCCGACCUGCAGGGCGCGCUGGCGAGGCUCGGGUUCCGGGAGGACGCCGCGUCGUGCGAGGCCAUGAUCGCGGCCGCCAGCCGCGGGAGCGGGAGCGGGAUGAACCUGUUCCAGUUCGUCACCUUCCUCGAGGACGGCCUCUGCUAAAAGCUGAUGGCCGGUCUUUCACGUCCCUCGGCUCGGCAGAAGAUGGGAGUGUGUGUGUUUUGUUCUUGCUCGUUUGUUUUUCCUUCUGCCGAGGUCGAGCUGUGCUGGGGCGGAUCGAUGGAUUGUGCAACUGAUUAACGCACUAAUUCUCUAAGUUUUAUUAAUGGAACGAAGAAGAAGAAGAACUGGUUUUGCCAAUUGAUGAUAAAUAAGUUUGGCAAUACCAUCAUCUCAA